UUUUAUCUUGUGGAAUAAAACUAUAGUCCCGUGAUUGAGUUAGAUCUCUUCGUCCUCUGCUUUACCAAUGAAUCCAAUCAUAUCUUCUUUGUUUACUCUCUCUUUGCUUUCUUCAUUCCUCUCACUAUCAACAUCAUCAACGCAUGCGCAACAAUGUCAUUUUCCAGCAAUCUUUAACUUUGGUGACUCUAACUCCGACACCGGUGGUCUCUCCGCCGCUUUUGGCCAAGCUGGUCCUCCUCAUGGCUCUUCCUUCUUCGGCUCACCCGCCGGAAGAUACUGUGACGGUCGCCUCGUCAUUGAUUUCAUAGCGGAGAGUCUUGGAUUGCCAUAUCUAAGCGCGUUUCUAGACUCGGUUGGUUCAAACUUCAGCCACGGAGCUAACUUCGCGACCGCGGGGUCUCCCAUUAGAGCUCUUAACUCCACUCUACGUCAAAGUGGAUUCAGCCCUUUCUCACUCGAUGUUCAGUUUGUUCAGUUCUACAAUUUUCACAACAGAUCUCAAACUGUUCGUAGUCGUGGAGGGGUUUACAAGACCAUGUUGCCUGACGCAGACAGCUUCUCACAGGCUUUGUACACGUUUGACAUGGGACAGAACGAUCUUACUGCAGGUUACUUCGCUAAUAAAACCGUGGAACAAGUUGAAACCGAAGUUCCCGAGAUCAUUAGUCAGUUCAAGAAUGCUAUCAAGAAUAUUUAUGGACAAGGAGGGAGAUACUUCUGGAUUCACAACACAGGACCUAUUGGUUGUUUAGCGUAUGUGAUUGAACGGUUUCCGAUUAAAGCAUCAGGCUUUGAUUCACAUGGAUGUGUCUCUUCCUUGAACCACUUAGCUCAACAGUUCAAUCACGCUUUGAAACAAGCAGUGAUCGAACUAAGAGCUUCGUUAGCUGAAGCUGCCAUCAGUUAUGUAGAUGUCUACUCUGUCAAGCAUGAGUUGUUUCUUCACGCUCAGGGUCAUGGUUUCAAGAGAUCGUUGAUUUCAUGUUGUGGACAUGGAGGGAAGUAUAACUACAACAAGGGCAUUGGGUGUGGGAUGAAGAAGACUGUGAAAGGUAAAGAGAUCUACAUUGGGAAGCCGUGUGAUGAGCCUGGUAAGGCUGUUGUGUGGGAUGGUGUGCACUUCACACAGGCUGCUAACAAAUUUAUCUUCGAUAAGAUAGCGCCCGGGUUGAGCAUGGCUUGCCAUAGGCAGUGACAACAAGAAGAAACACGCUUUUCUUUUUCUUAUGAGUUUGUUUCUUUUAAUCUCUUAGAAAGCAAACAAAUCUUAGAAAAUGAUUUGUUAAGAUAAGACAUGAAACUCUCUUUGUGUCAGUGAUAUGAAGUUAUUAAGAAAGCAAUAAGAUUUUUCUUGGUGA